UCCGCGGUUGCGGGUUUGCACAAAAUAAAUAGCCAAGGGAGCGAAGUAGCAGGGGCGAGAUCCCGACUCUCUCAAGAGGUUCCUAUCUGUUCUCCAAGCUCCCGUUAGCCUUUGGAUACAACAAUGGCAACUUUGGACACGUCUUUUUCGCCGCGGAGUAAAAAUGGUACGUUGGACGAGGGAAAGCAGACGGUGCAGUGUCGUGUGUGCGGGGAUAGAGCGUCAGGAAAGCACUAUGGCGUGAUGACUUGUGACGGCUGUCGAGGCUUUUUCAAGCGCAGUGUGCGCCGGAACCUGGCCUAUCAGUGCAAGGAGAAAAACGACUGCCCUAUAGAUGUGGCUCGCCGUAAUCAGUGUCAGGCAUGUCGACUAAGGAAAUGCUUUGAGAUGAAUAUGAACCGCGAUGCUGUGCAGCAUGAACGCGCCCCAAGAACAAGCCAAAUUCGACAAAACAGCCAAUCAAAACCACUGAAAAGAAAGCACAUAAGCAUUGAGAAUAUGUCAGCCGAUCAAAUCAAAACUAAAAGUGACAAGAGAGCCUAUCAGCAAGUAGAUAGCAGAUCUUCUGGGUUUGAGAAACCUAUUGAUGAUAUGAAAAAUGUAAAGUGUCUUCCUCCAGUUUCCAUAGCAAGUAACUUGACGAUUUCGCCCACCCCUCACUCUGUUGGUAUCCCUGUGGUAUACAUGGAUAUGAUGUACGAGUCGGCUAUAAGGGUUCUGUAUAUGACCGUCAAGUGGGUUCGUAACAUUCCAACGUUCCUUGACUUGCCAUUCCGUGACCAAGCUAUACUGAUAGAGGAGAGCUGGAGCGAGCUUUUUGUUCUAAGUUUGUCGCAGUGGGACAUGGCCGUAGAUCUGAGUUCUCUAGUGAGCGCCGCCUACCCCCAACAGAUGGGCUUAAGCCCCGGACAUAAAUCGGACCGGACACCAGGCAGCAUGUCCGACAUCCGCAACUUACAGACCGUGGUGUCGCGCUUAAGAACGGCGAGUGUUGACCAGACAGAGUACGCGUGUUUAAAGGCUAUAGUCCUCUUCAAGCCUGACAUACGGGGUCUUCGUUUGUGGAGUCACGUGGAGCAACUUCAAGAUCAAGCGCAAUGCAUGCUGGGAGAAUACGAAUUGCAGCACUACCCGGAUCAGGUAUCCCGGUUUGGCAAGCUUCUACUCUCCCUACCCUCCUUGAAGUCAAUCCCACCAAAAGCUAUCGAAAGAUUAUUCUUCAGCGGAACCCUUGAUAACAUUCCUAUGGAGAGACUCUUGGCCGAUAUGUUCAAAUCGAGUUAAAAGCUGACCAUGAUUGUGAAUUCAAAAUGAAAAGUCAUGAUUAAAGGCCACUACAAAACACAGAUAUACCAGGUGUUUCCUGUGUUUUCGACAGUAGCCGAAAAGCAUGUGACAUUUAUGACAUCAUGGCGAGACGCUUGAGAGAAGCUUGAAUCCACUCGAAGAAACGAGACUUGCUUCAUGUGUAGUGACAAUAACGCCUAUCCGUCAUGUUUCAUAUUCUUGACACGCUUUAGGUGUACAGUGGGUGUCGCCGGAGGGGGAAUAUUCUCAAGCUUUGACCAGUUCUUCUUGAAAUCCCCACCCUUGGUUAAGUUGAUUGUCAGUGCUGAUCUCUUAUCAAGUGCCCGGAGGAAAACUCGACGCUUUAUUCGUAAUUACGCUAAUACGCUAUGGUAAUAUUUGAACUAUAAUAGUCUUUUUAUCUGGUCUAUCUGAAAUGUUGUAAAAUGGCACUAUCAAAAUGUCGAUAAUCCUUGCUAUCGUCGAUAACUUUUUUAUGUCAAAACAAUUGAAGGAGGCUACCAAUUUUCAAUUCUAUUAGAGCGCCGUUUUUCAUUAUUUGCUAUUAUCAAAAAGAUGGACCAAUCACAAACAAGAUUUGUAAUUGUAUGCGUCGAUGUCUUUUUUUAAAUAUAGAUAGUGUUAAUAAUGCUUUGUUUGCAGGCUCACGACAAAGCACUUUGUGUUAUCAAGAAAGCCAUGUCUGGCAGAUGUAUAUUUAACCAGUGUGUUUUUUAUUAUAAAGUGAGGAUAAUUUCUUAAAGCUUUUAGCCUUACAAGUGGAUAAAAGCUGUGCAAGGUAUAAGAAAAAAAAAAAACGUUUAUCUCACAAAAGCCUAUAAAAUAGCCACGAGCAUUUCUGAUCUCUAAAGACAUACGCAAAAGCCACCAGUGGAUCAACUUAUCUUGAUGCUAGAAGUACACGUUAUAGUGCGGUGUACUUUGUUUUGAGUUUGCUAUUUCGUGCGUUUCACGCCAACCAAACCAAGAACUUUCAAUGUUAUGUGGAGUAGAUUCCUAUUCAUUCUUUUAAAAAAAUGUUGACAGCUGGCUUCAACACGGUGUAAUCAUAUAAUAAAAUCAUUAUUAUUUA